CCAAAAUCCGACGAUUCCUUUUGGAAAUUUGAAUCGAACUCCGACCUCUGCAGAUACCACGGCGCUGGCGGCGGAUGGAGAAUGGCCUGAUUUCGGUGGACCGAUGGUCGGACGGUAGCCAGAUCUAUUUUCUUACUCACCUGCACUCCGACCACACCAAGGGAUUGUCUUCACAAUGGUCUAGAGGCCCACUUUUCUGCUCUCGCCUCACCGCCAAACUGUUUUCCUUAAAAUUCCCCGAUUUCAACCUCUCCUUGCUCCGCGUCCUUGAAAUCGGAUUAUGGCACUCUAUCUCACUGAUUUCUCCUUCAUCUGGUUCUCGGAAAACUAUCAAGGUCAUGGCAAUCGACGCUCACCAUUGUCCUGGUGCUGUUAUGCUCUUGUUUCGUGGAGACUUUGGCUGUUUGCUUUACACGGGGGAUUUUCGGUGGGAAAUGAGUAGUGAAAGGGCGAAUAAAGGAAGGAUCGCGCUUCUAAAUGCGCUGGAGGAGAACACUGUCGAUAUACUUUACUUGGAUAACACCUACUGUAAUCCUUAUUAUGCCUUCCCUUCUCGACAAAUUGCUGCACAGCAGAUUGUUGAUAUCGUUGCCUCCCAUCCAGAACAUGAUAUCAUCAUUGGAAUCGAUUCUCUGGGAAAGGAAGAUCUUUUGCUUCACAUUUCUCGCAUGCUUAAAAUAAAGAUUUGUGUGUGGCCAGAACGCUUGCAGACGAUGCAUCUUCUUGGUUUCAAUGAAAGGUUCACUACGAAGACGAAUCUGACUAGAGUUCGAGCUGUUCCUCGCUACAGCUUUAGCAUAGAUACUCUGGAGGGAUUAAACCAGAUGCGCCCAACCAUUGGAAUCAUGCCGUCCGGUCUUCCUUGGGUGGUGAGACCCGGUAAAGGUGAUGAUAUUCUUUCUGGUUCUCUUCUGACCACACUUUACCGCAGAAGCAAGUUGAAUGAAAAUGCUGGCGUCUUGAUUGAGGAGCAAAUUGGAAAAGCAGAAACAGUUAAGAGGUUGCACAAGUACAUAUUUUCAGUUCCAUACUCCGACCAUGCUUGCUUCUCAGAGAUACAAGAGUUCAUAAAGCUUGUCCGUCCAACAAACAUCAAAGGCAUCGUUUCUUCAUCUUCUUGUUACGUCGAACCCCUUUACUACUUCGGUCGUCUCUGUGGAGAAAAGCAACCUGAAAACAAUUUCCAUCACAAGAAAAGAAGAACAAGGAAAGGUGAAAAAGGCGCUGUUGACAUUAAUUUUGUUUACUCGGAGAAAAGACGAGGGAAAGGUACAAAUGUUGGCAUUCUUAAUGUGAGCGUUCAUGGGGGACGAGUGAGUGCAUUGAGACGAGUCCAGCGUGGUGCGCGUCUUGCCGGAAGUGAUUGUGCUGAUUGAUUUCGAUGAAGGAUAACUGGCUUUGAGUUGAUCAGAAAGGUACGCUUCUCAUGCUUUCUUGUAUAGCUUGAUUUGAAAUACCGUAAAGUUCCACUUUUAUUGUUAAUCUUCAAAUGAGCAGGAAAUGGAAGAGUAAUUUGAAUUUCCCUCUUA